AUUGUGUUCCUUUUGCAGGUUUACGAUGUCAGCUCAUUUCUUGCUGAGCAUCCGGGAGGUUUUCAAGUUAUCGCUGAACUAGCUGGAAAGGAUGCUACCGCAGCUUUCGAUGAUAUUGGGCACUCAAAGGAUGCCAAAGACAUGGCCAAAGAGUAUCUUAUUGGAAAUUUACAAGCCAACUCAUCGGGUAGCACCACAAAGUCCAGUGCUUCUGCAGAGCAAGGAUGUUCAUUGUCUUGUGCUCUCAAGAAUGUAAAGGAAGUCCUUCUGUCACCGACCUGGUCCAAUUUCCUCAUUCCAACCACCAUUGGAAUUAUAAUUUUUGUUCUUUACAAAGGAGCUGUCAAGGUGUUUGAGUGA